AUGAUUCCUCGCGUGGGCCACGUCGAUCUUUUUUCUAACAAUGAAAGAGUCGAAAAGGCUCUUAGUGAGCUCAAACAUUUUUGCACUCUUUUCAAGCCAGAAAGCCAAAAAGAAGUUUUUCAGAGUAUUGUUGAAGAAAUCAUGCAACGCCAGUACACAAAGAGUCUUGGAGUUGAUUUACAACCAACAGAAAUUGUCAAUGAAGAUAAAUAUUCAAGAUUUGAAACAGAAUUCACAGUUGUUGUUAAAAUUUUUGAAUCAAAAAACACAGUUGUUCUUGCCGCAGUUAACCAUAUUGAUCGCCUUAUCUAUUGUAUUAAGCGUACAUCGUUCGAAAUGGACACAGUUGAUCCGCAAGACGUAAUGAGAGAAGCAUCAAUUCUUCAAGAGCUUGUUCACCCUAAUAUCGCUAAAUACAACAACUCAUGGAUAGAGUUUGCUGUUGAUGGUAAGGUUUCCGAGUACUUAGAUCCACAAGAUAGCAAACCUCUGCAAAAUAUGAAAAUUGAAUUUUUAUUUUACAUUCAAACGGAGUUAUGUUCACGCGAUAACAUUCUCAAGGCAUGCAAGGACCAAGAUAUGACAAAUAUACUCGAUUUACUCGCAGAUGCCGCUUCAGGAAUUUCAUAUAUUCAUCAUAAGAACAUUGUUCACUGCAACAUCAAGCCAUCAAAUAUUCUUAUGAGUAUCGAUGGAAUUCCUAAGCUCUGUGACUUCGGAAGAGCUUAUUUGAUUACGAAUCCAUCGAAAAUUUCUCAAAUACAAGAAAAAGAUUCAUUUGCAGCACCAGAAUUCCCAGAAAAUAUUGCAACAAGUUGCGAUGUCUACAGCUUUGCUCUAAUCAGCGUCCUUGCUCUCACAGGCUCAGAUGAAACGAAAUUAGCAGAAAUCAAAGAAAAUUUCCCUCAAAUGGAAGAUGUUCCUGAACAAGUUGUGUCUAUUAUCAAGGAAUGCUUAGAUGAAAACCCAGAAAAUCGACCUCAAAUCGACUCUGUUAUUGAUGUUUUCGAAUCUGCUUCAAACGAGUUAUCUGAAAUUGAGUAA